CUUUGCCUUCUCUCUCUUUUUCUCUAAAUCUAAUCGGAAUCUUCCCAAUUAAUCAGCUUUGAGUUGAUAAGACUGGUGGAUGUGUCAUCUCUAUUUCUUUUCUUUUUUUUUGAAGGUUGAAGAUUGUUAUUAUUCCUGGUCUUUAGAAAAUACUUUCUUUGAAGCUGUAAAUAUUUACAGACCAUUAUCACCGGAUGGGGUCUGAAGGUCCUCCAGCAGCAGCAGUAACAACAGUUCAUGUAACAGGUUUCAAGAAAUUCCAUGGAGUUUCAGAGAAUCCAACGGAGACAAUUGUCAAUAAGUUAACGGAGUAUAUGAAGAAAAAGGGUUUACCAAAAGGUUUAGUUAUUGGGAGCUGCAGCAUUCUUGAGACUGCUGGUCAAGGAGCACUUGUUCCCCUCUACCAGACAUUGCAAUCUGCCAUUAGUGCCAAAGAGUCUGAAUCUUCAAGUUCCAAUAGAAUGAUCUGGCUGCAUUUUGGAGUUAACAGUGGUGCAACAAGGUUUGCUAUAGAGCGUCAAGCUGUGAAUGAGGCUACCUUCCGUUGCCCUGAUGAAAUGGGAUGGAAGCCCCAGAAAGUCCCCAUUAUUCCUUCAGAUGGUGCAAUUUCACAAAUACGGGAGACUUCCCUUCCUGUGGAGGAGAUAACCAAGGCCUUGGCAAAGAAGGGUUAUGAUGUAAUGACAUCUGAUGAUGCGGGCAGGUUUGUGUGCAACUACGUUUACUAUCAUUCCCUUCGUUUUGCCGAGCAAAACGGGAUCAAAUCCCUUUUUGUGCACGUGCCACUCUUCUUUACAAUUGAUGAAGACAUCCAAAUGCAAUUUGCUGCUUCCUUGUUAGAGUUACUUGCUUCAAUAUGUAAGUAACAUCUGGCUCAUAUAAAUUGUUCUGGUCUUGCCAUGCUUAUGAGACUGGAUGAGUGUACCUUGAAUGAAAUGUUAUAAUAAUAAGAAUAUUGUUUUCAAAUGGAAACGGUUUAUUGAAAAUGGCAUAUGUAGCAGAGGCAUUUGCUUUCACUGUUAAGUGUUUCUGAUUAAAAGCUUCAGCAAAUUGUCAAGACAGACAAGUUGACAUCUUCAGUGUUACCUUGUCAGUAAAUGUUCAUUUUCCUUAAUACUGCUAUUGUUUUUCAUUGUAUCUUGAAUGAACUUCUCUAUUUUUCCUUGGAUACUCAAUAGAUUGCUGAAG